UCUCUUACACACAGUGUUUUCAUGCUGCGCUCAACUCUCAUCAGAAUGAUUGUGUUUCUAAGAUGGGAAACGCAAGAUUUCGAGUGCUUUUAGACUGGUGCGUAUUACAUAAGAGUGAAGAAACCUUCCGUCUGAUUAGUUGACGUAGAUGUGUGUCACAAGUCUAAUAAUCCCCACAAACUAUUCCUUCAAACAAAGAGCUCCGUUUUCCUGAAGAUUGUGCAAAUCCAAGCGAUCAGAUUCUGAUCCUGAGCUGUGAACGUCUCGGUUUGAGCUCGUUUGAGCCGGAGGAGGUCCAUGGAGCGGCAGCCACGCUUGAUGUUGGAGGUUUUGUUUAGUUUGAUUCUGAAAGUAGCUAGUUUUGAUUGCCUAAACCAGGAGGUAUGCUUGAGCGGUGGUAUAACCGUUUAUCUUGAGGUUUAUCAAGGUUUAUUCUGGCUAGUUAAAAAGCGAGUUCCUCCUGCAGAUAUUUCUCUGUUAGUGGAGCGCGUUCCUGUGUUGUGGCACUGGCCCAGGCGCGCUGCCCUCCUCUGUCCACUCUUCCUGUAGCAGGAUGCUGGCCUGCGCUGAUGUUCCUGUGCGGAGUGUUCUGGCUCUCAUGUGUUUACACGCCGAGGAGCUCACAGGCGCUCGACGCGGCUCCAGCGGCUCCAAGAUCCAGAGCAGGAUGCCGUGGGGGAAAAACACGGGUCAGUCGCGGCGGCUGGGAAAAACGUCUGGACACGCUCCUGUCAGGGACUGCAGCCUCACCGCGAUGAAUGUUGAGUCCUGGGCGGACCCUCGGGACCCGCAGCCGGACUCUCCUGACCUCCCGACCCCGCAGCAGCCCGACAGCUUGUGCCUGGAGUCCUUCUGGAGCGAAGUGGAGACCAUCCGGAGCGACUCGGAGCCGGACAGCAGCAGACGAGAUUCCCGACAGUCCGAAGACGGCGAGCAGGAGGAGCUCUGGCUGCAGGAUGCUGGUUUGUCUCCGCUGGUAACAGGUGAAGAAGAGGACGUCGAUAACGCCGUUCUGUUGUCGACUCUCACUAAGACUCAAGCAGCGGCGGUUCAGAGACGCAUCGACUCGUACACCUGCUCGCUGCGCAAGAGGAACAAAACACCAGCACGACACGUCAGAGACGUCUUCGCUUCCCCCAUUGCUCAGUCAGCAGUUGAGACACACAACAGCGAACCUGACACACACAGAAACAUGGAGAGUGUGACAAAGACACAACGAUCAGCUGUCAGCAGUCAGGAGACUCAAGGGCUGCAGAUGGAUGAGAUCUUUAUCACAGACGUGGCUUAUUGUGAACAAGCGGCCAUCUUACUGAAACAAGCCAAACUACCACAAAACAACAUUAGCCAGUGCAGGAGAGACGACGGAGCUCUGCCGCGGGUCAUCUGUCCGCAGUGCCGGCUGGGAGUGACGCGGGUGCUGGAUCUUUCCCAGCAGGACAUGAAGAAGGUCCGUCAGCUGGCUCUGAUUGACAUGACGGCGCUGUGUGACCUGCUGGGGCUCGAGGUCAAACGACACAAAACCUGCAAACGGAAAAUCCCCGAGAGCUGUUUGUUCGGCGUUCCUCUCGCCUCAUUGGUGGAGAGCGAUCAGAAGAUCAAACCCAACACUCAGAUCCCACUCUUCCUCCAAACACUUCUGUCGUUUCUGGAGAAGAAGGGUCUCGAUUCUGAAGGGAUUCUGCGGGUGCCAGGGUCUCAGGCCAGAAUCAAAGUGCUGCAGCAGAAGCUGGAGAACUCCUUUUACAGCGGUUCGUUCAGCUGGGACGAGGUCAGUCCGAAUGACGCCGCCGCUCUGCUCAAGAAGUUCAUCCGUGAACUCCCCGCGCCGCUGCUGACCGCCGAACACCUCAACAGCUUCAGCGCCGUCAGAGAUAUUGCAGACCUGAAGCAGAAGCUGCACAUGUUGAAUCUUCUUGUACUGCUGCUGCCGGAACCCAACAGAAACACACUGAAGGCGCUGCUGGAGUUCCUCAGUAAGGUGGUCCUGAGUGAGCGGCGUAACCGCAUGAACCUGUGGGCCGUCUCCACCAUCAUGGCUCCAAACCUCUUCCUGCACAAAGCUGUUCCCAGUAAACUAGCGGUGGAAGGUCCAGAGAAGGGUCAGGCCGAGCGCGCGGCCGACAUCAUGAGACUCCUCGUCCGCUACCAGGACCUGCUGUGGACGGUUCCUAACUUCCUGUUGAGUCAGGUGAGGAAGCUGAACGAGAACAGCAGCCGUCGCUACCAGUUCUACGACAAACGCAUCAAGCACCUGCUCAGGAAGAUCCACACGGACAGCAGAGACAAACCCGACAAGAACUCGGGCGAGCAGUGUCGUACUGUAAAGAUCCAGCUGGCUGAUGUGAGUUUCUCGAUGGAGUUUCGUCUCACUAUUAAUUCUCGUGCUUCAGACCUGAUGUCACAGUUUUAUAAAGAACUACACACCUCUGACAACAGCAGGGGACUCCUGAAACGAAAUGGUUCAACAACCUACCCGGACUGUGCCAUCUAUGAAGUGGGUGGGAAUAUCGGUGAACACUGUUUGGAUCCAGAGACUCAUUUGUUCGACCUGUACAACAACAACCCCGGCGGAGAGUGGAUCAUCAAACUGAGAUCGUCCAGCAGGGGGCAGUAGAGACACACCAGAGCUCUUUCAGCUCUCUCCGGGAGACCUUUGACCCCUGAGGAGGACCAGAGUUACAGCGCUGCUCUGAACACUGAGAUUCGUCUGACGCUCGCCGUUAAAGUCAUGAAGCUGGACUUCUGCAUUGUAUUUGGACUCUGUUGAUGUUGUGUUGUGCUGGUUUGAUGCUGAAGGGCCGCUUGAGAUUGUUGGAUUAUUUAUUAAGCACCGGAGCGCCGCUGUGUUUGUAGAUGUGAUGAAUGAAUGUCCGAGGUGUUGUGCUGUACAGAUCUGGUGCUCGCAGUAUUAAACACACGAUGGGAGCUAAACAUACACUCUCUCUCUCUCUCUCUCUCUCUCUCUCUCUCUCUCUCUCUAUCUUCUGUCAGCUUCACACUGUUUGAU